CUGGCGUCGGUCUCCUAGCAACAGCGCUAAACGGCUGAACCGCUCUCUGCAUCCGCACGCGCUAAAACCUCCCAGAGAUUUCGGCCAGCAAAACCCCUCUACAACCCGCAAACUCCAGACCCUCCACUUCGGUUUACUUUUGUCUUCUGUCCCAUUUCAGUAAUUUGCCCUGAAUCAACCCCUUUCCCUUGUCCCCCAAGUCUCUGAGCUUCUCUCUCUUCAUACCACCCUGGAUCCCGCCAUCCCCAAGGGCUAUCCAAACUCUGCUCUUCGUUCCAAUCCGCCCCAGGCCAGCAGCCUUUAGAUCAUGCCUGGAGCUCAGCUUGCCGAGAGUCCAGAGAAAGGGGAAGUGUGCAUUACCGAAGCCCUUAUCACUAAGCGGAACUUGACCUUCCCUGAGGAUGAGGAUCUGUCAGAGAAGAUGUUCCACACUAUUGCUGAACUACAGACUGUCCGCCUGGACCGGGAGGGGAUCACCACUAUCAAGAAUCUAGAGGGCCUCCAGAACCUUCACAGCCUCUAUCUGCAAGCGAAUAAGAUCCAGCGAAUUGAGAACCUGGCCUGCGUCCCCACCUUACGCUUCCUGUCUCUGGCAGGAAACCGAAUCCGGCAGGUGGAGAACCUCCGUGACCUCCCGUACCUCCAGUUUCUGGACCUUUCGGAGAACCUGAUAGCAAAGCUGGAGCUGGAUGAAUUUCCCCAGAGCCUUCUCAUCCUCAACCUGAUUUGGAACAGCUGCACCAACCAGGAUGGCUACAGGAAGCUGGUGACAGGAGCCCUGCCCCUGCUCAUGGACCUGGACAGGCAGCCCGUGUCGGAGCGCUGGGACUCGGAUGAGGAGGACAGAGCCUCGGAUGAAGAGUUCCCAGAGCUGAGUGGCCCGUUCCGCACAGAGCGAGGCUUCCUCCAGGAGCUGGAGCAGGACAUGAGCAGGCACAAGGCGCACAGGCAGCAGGCAGCCCAGGCGGAGCACCAGCUGAGGCUAGAGACCCAGCCCGUCCUCACGGAGCUGCCCCAGCUGCCCGGGAGGCCCAUGGCUGGGGACCGCCCCUCCGCUGCCACUCCCCGGCCGGGGAAGGAGCCACCCCCGGAGCCUGCCUCCUUGCCACAAGCCUCCUCUGCCACCAAGAAGCUGUGCCCCCUGGUUUCCAGGGGCCCCCAAAGCACCGUGCAGGCAAGGAGGGGGGUCAGAGCAGCUCCGGCCCCCAAGGCCGCGCUGGCUGGGGCCCCCAGCACAACCAAAACCAUGACCAGGAGAAUCAAGAAGUGA